CGGGAGGUGGGGAGGUUGGCAGGCAGAGCUCGAUGCUCUUCCUUUCCCCCUCGACUGCCUCGACCGCCUCCUCCUCCACUGCUGGCCUGGCCGUCGCUGUCUGCUAUCAGGGUUGUUCAGCUUGGCGUCGUUGGUGGUAUAUAGACCUACCUACGCCCUUUGUGUCUGUCCUUACACCGAUUUAAUCGAUGCGAAUAUAUUGUUACUUUCCCCAAUGGUUCCGACGCUUCAUCCUCAAGGACAUUGUUUGCCUAAUUGCGAGCGCGAACGUUGGGUUAGAGGCACGGGUCUUACCUAGGAUAUCGCGCUGGCUGUUCAGACGCGUCCGCGUCUUCUCCCUCGCCGUCAAGCGCACUCUCCCCUCGCCUUCAAGCUUGUCCUCGCCUUCAACCGCCGCCUCGCACUUCAGCGCAUCUUCAACCUCGAGCACAUCCCCACCCUCGCUUUCAAGCCCAACCUCCUCGUCCUCAAGCUCAACCUCUCCCCCACCACCCCGACCAGAUGACCCUGCAGUCAUCAUUCGACUACCGACUACGCACAUGUCAUCUGCCCUACCCGCCGGCGACGCGCCCGGCCUCCCUGCCCUCCUCCCACCGACUUGCUGA